UUUGACACAGCAGCUAACUUCCUUCCUAAGAAGCCUUAAAGAUAUGGACGCACAGCAGAAUCAGCGAACGGGAAUUCCACGGCCGCCGCCGCCUGCCCCCGGCGGAGGCGGGGAUUUUUCCGCCAUUCUAACUGUUCUAGGAAUGUUCCUCGCUAUUGCCGCAAUGGUUAUAAUUCCAUCAUCUUCAACUCUAAAGCAGAGUUUUUCCGUGCUGCAUCAAGUCCCUGAGGGCCAUGUCGGUGUUUACUGGAGAGGAGGUGCCCUUCUGGAUACAAUUACCAGUCCAGGAUUUCAUUUCAAACUACCCCUGAUCACACACUUUGAACCCAUUCAAGUGACUUUACAGACAGAUUUGGUGAGGGACAUCCCUUGUGGAACAAAAGGAGGUGUUAUGAUUAACUUUGAGAAGAUCGAAGUUGUAAAUCGUCUAAGUAAAGAUUAUGUAUAUGAUACAUUACUCAACUAUGGUGUCCAAUAUGACAAUACAUGGAUAUACGAUAAGAUCCAUCAUGAGAUUAAUCAGUUCUGCAGUGCUCAUUCACUUCAGCAAGUUUACAUCGACAUGUUUGAUCAGAUUGAUGAAAAAAUGAAGGAUUCUCUUCAGGCCGACUGUACGCGCUAUGCGCCAGGUAUUGAAAUUCUUAGCGUCCGUGUCACAAAACCUAAGAUUCCUGAGAGUAUAAGACGGAAUUUUGAACAGAUGGAGGAGGAGAGAACUAAGGUCUUGAUUGCUAUUGAGAAACAGAGAGUUUCUGAGAAGGAAGCAGAGACUCAGAAAAAAAUUGCUAUAAGUGAGGCUGAAAAGCAUGCUCAUGUAAGUAAGAUCCAGAUGGAACAGAAAUUGAUGGAAAAAGACAGUGCAAGGAAGCAAGAAGAAAUAUCUAAUGCCAUGUACGUAGCUCGCGAAAAGAGCUUGGCUGAUGCUGACUAUUACCGCACGAUGAAAGAAGUAGAAGCAGACAAGUUGAGGCUUACUCCUCAGUACUUGGAACUCAAAUUUAUUGAAGCUAUUGCCAACAACACCAAGAUAUAUUUUGGCAACAAGGUCCCGAACAUGGUUCUCGACCAAAGGCUGCUUGGGAGCUUUUUACAAGAUGUUGUGAAAAGAGAGAACUUGGAAUUGUAAGUACACAUUUGGGUUGGGUUUCGUUGGCUGUUUAUCUUGUUGGACUCUUCCCGUUUCACUUUUUGGAGGAGCGAAAGCCUUUGGCUCGUAAAAAAUGUGUAUACGACGAUGUUCAGUUGCUGCUUUUAGAUUUCAAUGAUAUGUUCUUUUGUUUUUUUUUUCUUUCUUCUUCUCGUAUUGUAAUCCUUGUUGCUGGAGUGCAAGUUUUGGGGAUAUAUUUUAGAAUUUUGUACGUUUGACGUCAAUGCUAAUAGAUCGUAUUUCACCAUCAA